AUGCCUAAGAAAACUACUAUAGAAGAGGCAAAAACAUUGUCUACUCUUAGUAUAGAAAAUCUGAUAGGAUCUCUAAUUAGUCAUGAAAUUGCCUUAAAAGCUCAAGGUGACGAGGAUAGUACCAAGAGAAAUAAAACUCUAGCAUUUAAGGCUUCCGAGAAUAGUCAUAAAUGA